GCAUAACCACCGUCAAAUUCUUCAAACAUUCUCAUAAUAUCACCACAAUGUCUACACAAGCAAACACCGGGAUUCCCUUCUCAUACUCCCAGUCACAAUCUCCCAUUCGUCUACUGGAGCUCCCGCCAGCUCUCCUGUCACUCGUUACCUCUCAUUCACCACCGAUAAUCCAAAUAAAAGCGGCCCCAACACCCGCAAAUACCACCGGCCCCCGAGGAUCAGGGGACCACGCGGUCCUCUGUACUCCAACGCAGACCUUCUCCCUCCGACACGUCCAUUGCUCAAAUUCAAUCCUCCUCAUCCAGCCUUCGGAGCCCCCGCCUCCAAGUCCAGUUGAAGACGAGCAGCAGCAGGCCUUUCCUCUCACAUCUACGGGGUUGAAGGCGGUCGCCACGGCUGGUUCCUGGUUGGAAUUAAUUCCCGUGACCCCAGACUGCGCAAGCAUUCUACGAGAAAAGAUACCAGUAUACCAUGGAUGGACAGACAAUCAUCCGGUGCCUCCGGCAAUGGAGGAACCAAUAUCUAGAGCUCGACUGCUCGACUCCAUACCCGUCAGUGACGCGGAGUUUUCUAUUGCUUGGGAUGCGCUUCUUGCGUUUGAGACGGAUAGUGGUGAGGCUUUUCGUCCUUCGGCAGCAGCAAUUCUAAAGGCGAUCUCCGAAAUCAAUACCUCGGCUACUGCAGAAUCAUUUUCGCUCUCUACGCCUUCGGGAUUUACGGUUUCCGCUAUUCUUGGGAUGCUGGAUGAUGUAGAGAUGCCCGCUGGUCUUGUCAUGGCGGUGAUUGGGGGUAUGUGCGAUCGGGUAGAAGAGAGCAUGGACGACAACGCCUGGCGAUUAAACACAGAUAAAUGCUGUGUCUCAGGAAAUUGGGGCGCGUCGAUUGAACGCAGCAACUUUGAUCACAGAAUCCGCCUUCAUGGCUAA